AUGUACAGACUUAUUCUUCGUCGCUCAUUUGUUCCUCAAAUCUCUCAAGGAAGAACUUUAGGAGUUAGAACCAUGGCCAGCAAUAAUAGUGACGGAGACUCCACAGAUCCCACCUUGAGCAACGCAACCUCUGCUAGAGAGCCUCCUUUUUCCAAGCGCGGAAAGGCCAAAGAGAACCAAUUUAUUCACGAGCUUGAACUUGACCAGCUCAAAAAACUGAAAGAGCAGUUAAAAUCCCACCGCGAGAACCUUAAUAAGCUGGAGACUGAAAUCGACUCCAAGUUAACCAAGCAGGAUAAUUAG